GACGGGCAGGCAGCUGGUGGUGUUGUCAUCAUAGCGAUAGCCCGCACGGCAGUGGCACUUGAAGCGGGACUCACAGAAGCCAUUCUCGCAGUUGCUGCAGGGGAUUUGGAAGAGGAAAUAAUCAGGCCAGGGAAACCCUGAUCGAGUUCCGCUCAGUUGUAACAGAAAACUUUAUGGUCAGUUGGUUAUUCUUAAAAGAAAAAACUUGUAUUAUUCGUAAUAUUAAAAAUGAGAUUCUGUAAUUAUUCGGGCUUACUACCUAGUACCUUGGUAUUGCUUGUUCUGGCUUGCGCCAUUUCUAAAACGACUGCUCAGGACUUGGAGAAACCCGAGACGGAACUUUUAAACAACUGCAUCGAAGGAUGUAGCCAAAACGAUUGUCAGAAUGGCGAAUGCAGUUGCAAGGAUGGAUUCUAUAGGAAACUAGGUAGCGAGACCUGCAUUGAGAAUAAGUGCAUUCCGCAAUGUUUGGAAAACCAAAAGUGUGUGACUGGCAGCUGCACUUGCGCAGAGGGCUUUGAAAAUUAUGGCGAGGGUGGUGCCAUCAAUUGUAGCAAGCCAGCUGAGAAUACGAAUAAUAACUGCCCCGAAGGUUGUGGCCUAAAUGGAGAUUGUUUGAAUAGUACAUGCAUUUGCAAGGAAGGAUUCUACAAGAAACUAGGUAGCGAGAACUGUGUGGAGAAUAAGUGCAUUCCACAGUGUUUGGAAAACCAAAACUGUUUAACUGGCAGCUGCACUUGUGCAGAGGGCUUUGAAAAUUAUGGCGUGGGUGGUGCCAUCAAUUGUAGCAAGCCGCUUGGGAGCACAGAAGUUAGGAAUGAAACUGUGGAAAUUAUAGCACCUGUAACCCACAGCACCACAACAACAACAACAUCAACGACACCAUCAACAACAACAUCAACAACACCAUCAACAACGACGUCAACAACGACAUCAACAACACCAUCAACAACUACAUCAACAACACCAUCAACAACGACAUCAACAACGACAUCAACAACUACAACACCACCUACAACUUCCACACAGAAUCCAACAACCACACAAAAACAAAAAGAAAUUACAACAUCUGUCAAACCAACCCCUAAACCCAAACCACAUCCAGUAAAAUCUGGCUUGAGUCCAUGGGCCAUUACGGGAAUUAUUAUUCUAGUGGCUUGCCUAGUAGGAUUUGGUGGAUUCAUGUUGUACAGACACAAGCAACGCGGCGCUUACGGGGCUACCCCCACAACCUAUCGUUAAUAAAAAAAAAAUAUAAAAAAAAGUUAUCUAAUUUGUAUGAUUAAUAAUUGAAUUAAAUUCAAAUGAACGUGUUAUCCGACUUAAAAAUAAAAUUUUAAUUUAAUAUAUUGUAAGCAUAAGCAGUAGGAGAGGCGAAAUUGCAAUGUUGAAAACUAUUAUUAUAAAUUCGAGGUACGGUUUACAUAAAUGAAGUGCAAAGAAAUCUUUUGAAUCUAUAAAUACAAGUUCGAAGUAUUAAAGUCACAUAUUGGGCUUCUUUUAGUAAAUCGACUACCAUACUAUACAUAUAUCCCGCAUUU